AUGUCGCAAUCCGACGAAUCUCUGGCGUCAGCCGCUCAUGCCGAGCUUCUCAACUCAUUGAAGACACCCGAGCAACUCGCCAUGCCACCAUAUGUCGCGCCAUUUCUCACCGACCGCUAUCUUCAAUGGCACGCCCAAUUCAACACGGAGAUUAUGAACUUCUUGGCGCAGCUCGAAAAAAAUCCCGACGCUUCGCAAAUUCGCCAACUCAUCAAUUACAUCGGCAAACGCAACGCGAUCAUCACCAUGUUUGAUCAAUCGCAGGAACUCAAACAGGGAUUAGGAAUCAGGCGUGACGCGACCGGCCCGCUCGACAUUCGCGCCGAAUUCCAAGAGCCAAUCGCUCUUCCCAUUCAAUGCUACUUGAAAGUAGCCGAUCAAGACGUGAACGGCGAGAAUCUCAAAUCGGACGGCGAUGAGAAUGAGUCGCCAAUCGUUGGCAGUCAGUGCGUGCCAGACAAAUGCGGGACCACCGACUAA